UACAAGUUACUAAAGAACUAAUGAAUAAUAAUGGCGGCACUGCUAUAACUUAUGGCUAUCAGAAAAAUAUUCUUGCGCGGUAAAUCAAAUUUUUGUAUAGGAAAUUUUUGAUUGAUAAAAUGACAUUUCCACAAGCUCAUCAAGUUGAAUUGAUAGCAUUAGCUGAAUUAGCAGGAAUUUCAGCAGUUCCGGGAGUUUAUCGUAUCAUAUUGGAACUCUUAGCACUUCAAAUAUCACCAGAGGAUAUAUAUAUUCUUUUGAAACAAAUAUGUUCACAAUCAACAGAAAAUCAAGCUAGUGAUAAUCCUGAAGAAGUAUAACAUGUUAACUAUGAAUUAAUAUAUAUAUGUAUAUUGUAUGUUGUUUUUUUUUAUUAUUUAAAUCAAUAAAUUAAAAUUUAAAUUAUAAAUGAAUUGAUUUAUAAAAGAAUUAUAAAAUGAAUUAAAAAUUAUAUAUUUAAAUUCUUUAAA